AUGGAGCCUUUACACCUUAGUUCUGAUUGCUUUGGACUCAGUAGGCUCAGUGUACUUUAUGUGGUUGUUACCGUAUCUAGUGUCAGCUUCGUGGGUGAUCUUCUACGUCUAAUCAUCAUUUUGUUCUAUAUCGUUUGGGAAGUCAACCGUUUAGUGAGAGACAUAAUCUACAUUCAUGGCACAAAAUCCAUGCAUAAACAUGCUCUUCAAAUUGUGAAAUGCCUCCGCUCCGGAAUUAUCAAUUCAGGUUGCUCAAGAGCUCCCUCAAUACUUGAACAGGCUCUUAUAUCAGCAGCACGGUCAGGGAUUCAUGAAAUUGUGGAAGAGAUUGUGGGUUCAUAUCCUGAUGCCAUUUGGUUUUCUGACAUUGAGAACCAUAAUGUGCUUCACCUUGCUGUUAUAAAUCGCCAUGAUAAAGUAUUUAACCUCAUAUAUCAAUUGACACAUUCGAACCAACUCAAUCUUGUUUCCAGUGCGACUUUGCAAGUCCAGCGUGAGUUACAAUGGUUUAAGGAAGUGGGGAAGUUUGUGCAUCCAAACCUCAAAGAGGAAACAAACUUGGAAAGAAAAACACCUGCAAUGGUUUUUACUGAUGCAGACAAAGACUUGAUUAAGGAAGGAGAGAAAUGGAUGAAAGAUGCGGCCAACUCAUGCACGGUUGCAUCAGCACUCAUUGCUACUGUUGCGUUUGCAGCAACAAUUACUGUGCCUGGUGGCAACGAUCAAAUCCAUGGCUUCCCGAUUUUCGCCAAAGAAAGGGUCUUCAAAGUAUUUGCAGUUUCAAAUGCGAUCUCCCUAGUCUCCUCCAUUGCUUCGGUGAUAACAUUCUUGUCUAUUCUCACUUCGCGCUAUGCAGAAGGUGAUUUUCUUGUGGUCCUUCCUAGAAGAUUGUUUAUGGGCCUUGUUACUCUGUUCCUUUCCAUAACAUCAUUGAUUUCGGCAUUUGCUGCCACAAUAUACCUUAUUUUUGGGCAUAAAGAUGUCGUCAUCUUCCCAGUAGUGAUUUUGGUGGCCUUUCUGCCGCUGUGGAUGUUUGGGUCUGGUCAUUUUCCCUUAUUUCUUGACAUGUUCCCCUCCACUGUCGGCCGCCGGAUUUUCCACAAGCAAAGCGCACGUAUACUGCACUAA